AUGACUGACAAAGCCAUCGCGCUUGGGCUGUUCAUCGACACGAGUCGUCAGAGGACACGUCGUCUUCAGAAUGUCGCCAUUCCAAGCGCCUCAACGAGCGUUCAGAGGACACCUGGGACUUCUGAGUCCUAUCUCGAUCUGACGUACACACCUUCGACCGCGUGCACGAACCUUUCUGUCGCUCCAAGCUCCGAAGCCAAGGUCGAUCCGCAAUGGAUCAUUUCGCAGAUUGACGAGUACCUUGCGCAUCUCGACGUGCCAACUUUCAAGACGACCAAGCCGGCGCGUCGAUCGGCGCGAUUGUGGAUCGAGACGGAUCCCGCGCGGCUGUCGGUGGUGGAGCGAGCUCUGGCUUCAUCCCCGGAUGCGUUGGACUCGGGUUCCUUUUUGACUGUGCCAAGUUGCUCGCCCGGCUUCCUCUCUCCGUUCUUCCGCGGCUUCACGUUGGCAACAGAUGGAGUGCAGGACGCGGCGCCGUUUCCGUACAGCCCAGGCAGCGCGCUCGAUGCGAGCUGGAACGGCAAAUUCUUCGAUCGACCCAGCAUCCUGCUUGAAUCAGCGAUCGACUCGGACUCUGACAGCGGUGAGAGCUACCGCACCACUCCGCAGAGCUCGCCUCCCAGCAAGGCGACGUCCCUAUGCGUAAAAGGGAGUGAGAGUCGGGAAGCCCAUUGGACGAUGUGCGGUGGGCCCACUUCUCCAACUUCACAAGCGGAACCUGUGGCAUCGCUUCACGUAUCGGCGCUGCAGCGUUCGCAGGUGAGCCCACUUGGACAACCUGCGGGGCCACUUCAGCUUGGCUUGGCGAGAUCUGCCUCGACGGGCAACGUUGGUCAGAUCCCAACAGGGAAUCACACGGACGCACUGGACUUCCGCCCACCAAACCGACCGGAAGCUCUCUCGCCCAUCCCAGCGUGCUCAGCUAGCAAAACGUCGCAUCGACCUGCAUCCCCGCUCGUCGUGCGCCACGCCGAGACACCGCCUCCCGCUCGACCGACCGCGCUCCAACGCAGCAACACUUCGAUGGAGAUCCGCCCGGGGAACCGCGCGAUGCUCGGUUCGCACAAGCCACGUGGGAGGAAGUCGUCGCGUUGGCUCGAGGGGUGUUAG